AUGUCCAAUACCCUCCAGACUCCCGCUGCCUCACUCGUGCUUGAUGCCCUCAAGGACUAUCGUCUGAGAUUCAGAUCAGAGCCGACAGCCUUUGGAGCUGCUCCUGGUCGUAUUGAGAUCCUCGGUAACCAUACCGACUACAAUGAAGGGUUUGUCCUGUCGGCCGCUAUCGAUCGUUACACAGUUGUUGUUGGUGGCAAGAGCUCUGAUAACAAGGUCCGCCUUCACAGCACUGCUUUCAAGAAUGUGGUGGAGUUUGAUAUCAACGACGAGACCAAAUAUGAGGGAGACGACUCAUGGGCGAACUACUCUAAGGGUGUGAUAGUCGAGCUCAGGAAGGCUGGUUAUGAAGUCCCGGCAUUUCAAGCUUCCAUCAACUCCGACGUUCCUGUUGGUGCUGGUGUAUCGUCCUCUGCAGCCAUCGAGCUCGCUACUGCUAAUCUCAUCAGGGAGUUGGAUGGACCUGAUAGUAAGUUGUACACGGCCAAGUUACUCGAUGUCGUCCUUGCAUGCAAAAGUGCCGAGAACAACUUUGUUGGUAUGGGCUGUGGCAUCUUGGAUCAGUACACUUCUGCUUUUGGUAAAAGUGGCCAACUUGUCCAUCUAGAUUGCCGCGAUAACAGUUGUGAUUAUGUUCCCCUACAAGAUGAUGUGCGUUUCGUCUUAUGCAACACCCAUGCCCCCCAUCAGCUGGUUGAUGGUAAAUACAACGAGUUGAGGAAGUGUUGUUUCGAUGCCGCUAAGGCUCUUGGCGUGCCUUUUUUGAGGGAUAUCGACGCGAAGACCUACGAGGAAAAGAAGGCCAUCUUGUCUGAGGACGAUAGAAAGAGAGCCAAUCAUGUUAUUGGUGAGAACACCCGCGUUGCCGAGGCAAUGGGAGCUAUCUCGAAAAAGGAUAUGGAUACGUUCGGCAAGCUUAUGAAUAACUCCCAUGUUUCCAGUCGUGAUGACUUUGGAAAUUCCUGCAAGGAGCUCGAUAUCAUGUUCGACCAGGCUCAGGGUUGUCCGGGGUUCCUCGGUGCCAGACUAAUGGGUGGUGGCUUUGGUGGCUGCACUAUUAACUUGGUGGAAGCUGACAAGGUGGAUGAUUUCUGUAAGAAGGUUGCCGAGCUGUAUGAGAAGGCCAGUGGCAUCAAGUGUGAUACUAUUGCUGUGGCUCCUGGUGAUGGUGCUCAUGGAGGCAAAUUGUAA